AUGAGCAUGUCAUCGGACGAGACUGCGAACCAGAAUCGCAUUGUGACCGUUGAAGGUCAUCAUGUCGCUGGUGACUUUGUAGAGAUUGACUUGGAAGAGGAAGUGCCAGAUGAAGCCGCAAACGGCCCUCAGGAACCAUCUGAUUCUGGAGACUCUGGAGAAUCGACCAAGCCAGAACUUGCAGCUCUCGUUGGGCUCAUCGAGAGGAUGCAGCCAACUCGACCCGAAAUCCUGCGGGCAGUUCCAACAUAUCACAUUGUAGCCAGGUUGGGACGUGUCUUCUGGUCUGGGAGAGACCGAAGCUUCUUUAGCCUCAGCAAAGUCACGCAGGACUACGAUGAGUUUCUGAGUCAUAGCUGGCAGGUUGCAGUCUGGAAGAAGGUGCUGCUAUUGCUGGUUAUCAAGAACGGCUUGGCUUCGGUUGUCGUUGGAACUCUCACUUCCUUGCUCAUGGUGUUGCUGUGGCAGCUUGAUUUCUUACCAGGCUUUCCGAAGCUUGGUGAGAAAUGGUCCUGCUGGUGCUCUUUUGUUGGGCUGAUCCUGGCACUUUUCACGCUGGCUUUCUGGAGACCGCGGGGGUCCAUUUUCGUUGAUAGAGUGUGCAUCAAUCAGUUUGAUCCACGCAUGAAGGCUGAAGGCAUCGUCAAUAUAGGUGCAGUGCUAAGGGUUUCUAAAUCCCUGCUGGUCCUUUUCGACGAUUCCUACGCAGAUAGGCUGUGGUGCUUGUUUGAAAUGGCUGCAUUUCUGAAAGCCCAUCCAGAGGCUGCGGAGAAACCUUAUAUCCUGCAUGUCAAGCCGAUACUGUUGGGCUUCAUUGCAUGCACAACUUGCUUCGGUGCGUUCGGAGCGGGUGUCUUUGCUGUCUUCAACCCUUUCUACGAUAUUUUCCGGUUUUGGGGAGUGCUUCUUGCCUUCGGCGCUGCCGAAGGCAUGUUCCUGGUACACGCUUUCCGCAAAUAUUACAGGUCUGUUGAGGCUAUCAAGAGUCAGUUGCAGGGCUUCCGGCUGCGACACGCGGAGUGCUGGUGUUGCAGCGUGAACCACAUCCACCCAGCCAGUGGCAUGCCAAUCGAAGUAUGUGACAGAGAAAUUGUCAGCCAGUGUGUGACAAGCUGGUUUGGAUCUGAGCAAGAGUUUGACGAGUCUGUCCGGUCCCUCACAGCCCGGGCUCUCGAACAGCAGCUGGGAUACGAUGCUUUUCCUUAUCUUUGGAUGCUUGGAUCUUUCGUGCCUGUGUGGUGGCCCUGGAUGGACUACCUGGCCGUGUACUCACAAUGGGAAGGGGAACAAUUUCGGGUCCCAUACUUUGUGAUCAGAUUCCUCGCCUUUUGGCUUUUCUGCAUGCCGCUGGUUGCUACCGUCGGUAUUUUCUUUGCACGCUGCCUCCGACGGAAAGCUCAAUGGAUAUGCACGGAGCUCUUCUUGGAUGCGCUGGUAUGCGUGCUCACGUUACCCUCAGUUCUUGCCUGUGUAGCAUGGCAACUGUACACGGAGAUUACGUUUUACAAAUAUGGUGUUCAAGAUUGGCUCUCUGAGACACUGGGAUCCGUCCUUUUCGCCGCAGGCUGUGGCGUGGCGCUUCUUGCGACAAGGAAGGGAUUCCAUUUUGCCAACAAGCAUUUGUUCAAGAGGCUUGGUGCCUGA